AUGUUGGACACUAUCAUUCCUGCUCUUCAGGACCUGAGCAGGCAGGUGCUGCCCACGCUGCCCUUGCUGAGCCAGGAGGAAGUCUCUACUAUUUGGGGGAAUGUUUCAGAGUUUGUGGAGCGGCAGCUAGCCCUGCACAAGGGGGUUCAUAUUUCAGGAUUUGGAACUUUCACUUUCACGAGACAAAAGCUUGAAAUGGGAAACAAGUUUAUUCUAAUUCAGAGGCCUGUGUUUAUCAUGACAGAGAAGUUAUUGCAGACUCAUGGGCUCAGUCAAAACAAAGUUUAUUCUCCUGGUGAUAUCCCAGUUGUUCCACUUAAUUUUAUCAUGAUAUCCCUGGAGAGUCCAUUUAACAGGGACACAGUGGAAGGAUGUGUUAAGGAGACAAUACUUUUUUUAUCACGAUCCAUUUCUAUUAAAAAAAAUGUGGAAUUUACAUUCAAAGGAAUUGGGGUCCUCGUGAUCAAAGAUGGCAAAGUGAAGAUGAAAUUUUAUAAGGACUUCCUUUGUAACAUGGAUGGAAGUGGGACUUUGAUCAAAGCCCUAGCAAACAGGCCCAACACUGUGGACUCGGUGUUGUCAAGCAGAGAGACCUUGAAGAGGCGGCCUGGUAGUGUCCUUUUGUUUCCAAGGAUUGAGCACAAAGAGACGGAGAACAAACAACCUAUGGAGACCAUUGCAGAAGAAGGUAGAGAGGAUAGACAAAGAAAGAGCAAGUUGAAAGACCAGCCAGAAAAAGGAGAUGUCAAAGAAACCUUGGCACCCAAGAAUAUUCGAGAUAAACAAAUUAUGUUCCCAACUAAAUCAACCAGCUUGCCAGACCAGUUUGACCACCGUGGGAAUGGUGGGACGAAUGUAAUCUCUAGAAGCUCAUCAUCUUUAGCUUUUCUGAAAAAUGACAAUGAAACAAAGCCCAGAACAGACCUAGCCCCUGAUUGCCAGGAUCAUAAAAGGGCGGGACAGGAAAUGUGCUAUGUAUGUUUACAACGAGCAAAACGGAAUUUCCCGUUGUACUACAGUGAGGAGAGGAGAAGGGGAGCAAUAGAAGAAGAACAACUCAUACAGCAACAUCAAAUAAUGAAAGAUCAGGAGGCUUUCUUCAAAUACCAGAUUAAAAGUCUGGCUGCUAGAGAACAGAAUCAGAAAAAUGCUGCCUAUAAUCUUGGAGUUGCUGAAGCUAUAAGAAGUCACAAGAAUGAGAAACCUGAAUUUUAUAAAUCCUUCCUGUUUGAUAAACGGCCACUUAGUCCUGAGAUUAAUGCUAUUAAGCAAGAGGAAUAUUCCCAAAGUCUCUUGAGACAAAUGGCUAACAGACGGGAAAAGGAAAUAAAGCAAAGACAAAACAGAGAGUUGAUGGACCACCUAGAACAAGUACAGCUCACAGAGGAACUUGCUGCACAAAGAGCCAAAUAUUUAAAAGAUAAAAUGGAAGAAACACUGUGUUACAAGACAGCUUUGGAUGCUCAGAUGAAGAACAGACCCUCUCAGUUACCUGUGUUUGAACCGGACUCCUCUGAGCCCAUCUUUGGUAAGAAAAAGACUGACUGGCUGGUGGAAAAGCGAAAGCGAGAACAGGAUUACAUGAAGCACCAGAUGGAAACAGCUGCUAACCAGAAGAGGGAAGCCAUUCUGCACCAACUGGUGGAUCAGAAGCGGGACUUGGAGAUGCUUCAGAGGACAAGAAAAGAGUACUUGGCAGACAGAACUGCAGAGCUGGAGAGAGUGAACAAAAUGAACCAAUGCUUGCAGGAGGAUUGGGAAAAUAGCAUUGCAAUAAAGAAAGAGAAGGACCUGGAAGAAAAGUCUUUCGAGCGGGCUUCCAACAAGCUGUUCCUUUUGGACCAGUGCAAGAAGUAUCAGCGUUGCAAACAGUGCCAGAGGCGCAUGUCCAAUACAGGCAAGAGCAACUUGUGGCACAUGAACAAGUUCCUGCAAGGCUCCCGGUUGCUUGUAUAA